AUGCCCAGGGCAGCACCGCCCCUGGGGCCCCGGGGGCCCCUGGGGGCCCCUGUACCCUCCCAGGAGGAAGGGGGGCCCCUCGGGGGGGCCCCCCUGACGUAUCUAUACCCUAUCAGGCAGAGCCCAAGCUCUGAAAACGAAGACCCGCUGCAGCAGCAGCAGCAGCAGGGGGAGCAGCAGCUGGAUCUGCAGCAGCUGCUGCGGCAGGAGAAACUGCUGCAGCAGCAGCACCAGCUGCUGGUGAAGCAGCAGCAGCAACACCUGCAGCAGCAAAGGCGGCGGCAGCGCGCAGCAGCUCACACGUCGAGGCUGCUGCUUCCCUCCUUCCCCAACGACCCGCUGCAGCAGCAGCAGCA